GAAAGGACAAAUAGAGGCAGGUGGUGCCGAGCAGACCUGACAAUUGUUGAUAAAAUCUAAUAGAAUUUAUGUAAUUGUCAAAGGGAUUAAAGAACAUAUUUAACAUUUUCACACACUUUUUUAACAAUUGCUUAGGUACUUCUUCAUUUACCAUAGUCUCCAUAGCAGAGCAGCACACAUUGCCUCUGACCUUGGAAGUGAAAGUACUAGUCAGCUGUAGCUCUAUGAACAAGCUGGUGAUUGUUCUCUGACUUACAGCCUUUGACCACGUGCAUGUCAACCUCUUGAAAUGGGAUGGACUGUGGUUUGCUUGUGCCUUCACAGCAAGGCAUGCCAUUUGGUGUGCCUGUCUAUAAAUUAAUGACAGAAUCCUUGGAAUACUGAAUGAAUUUUAGCUGCUAAAAAUUUACAAUUGAACUAACUGGACUAGAAACCACUGCUAAAGUCGAGAGGCAGGCUUUUGGGUGGAGAAAAGGACAAGAACAGGAGCGCAUGAUGGUCACAAGAGGGCGGUCUUCCGAGGAAAAAAAACUUUCAUUUGGCACCCCCCCGGUCAUUUUGUGCCCUAGGCAACUGCCUAUUUUGCCUAUGCCACGGGCCGGCCCUGCUAAUGUGGCCUCAGAACUACAAUGAACAUUCAGUCUGCCAUCAACAAAGAUGUCUUCAUCCCUCGUGAUGAACGGAUGCUGGUAGCAGUGGAGGUAUGGAGGAGGAAAAGGAAGAGGAUGUCUUUCCUGCCAAGGAGAGCCAAAGGAGACUAUGCCACAUUCAUCUGUGUGUCAGUGACUAAUACGAGGCCACAUCAGCUUCUCAUUACAAAGGUGAAGAAAUUUGGUGACUCCUCUUCCUUCACCAGGAGGUCCCAGUGGAUGGUGGAGCAGCUCCAGCAAGUCAAUGGCAUCAAUCCAAACAAGAUUCUGUACCACGCCUGCCAGACCUACUGGGAGAGCAAAGCAGGGAGUCUGGGAAAAGCUGGGAAGCUGGGCAAGCUGGGCAGAGCAAGUCAGGGCGCUCACCAUGAAGUUGAAGCUGGUCCUAGUCACUCUUCACCAGGAUCUGAAUCCAAAAUCCUGCAAGCCCGAAAGAAGAGCUAUGUUCCUCCCAGGCAGACAGAGUUCAUCAACUGCCAGUCCAAGCUCACAGGAGACGCCUGCACCAUGAACCUGGUUAUCUACCGCUGUAAAGCCUUUUUAAAUCGCUUGAAGAAAAUGAUGGUUGCAAACCAAAGUCGAUCACCAGGUCGAGGUCAGCCUGGGCAGCGUGUUACAGGGAGCACUGUGGGUAAUGUAGUGCACUGGGUGAACGUGGCUCUGGGGGAGCGUGGAGAUAGACUGACUCGUGCUGAGGACAAAACUUUGGAGCUGAUGCACAAAACUCAGCAGUUUGCAGAUACUGCUCACAAGCUGGCCCUGAAGUAUUCAAAGUAGAGUCUUUUGGAGAAUGAGGAUGGAUUCUUAAAGAUACUAAAUAUGAAUCCUGUAACAUGGAUGCUAACACUGUCUGAUGCACUCUGGGCCCAGCAGAUGCAGCUAACUCCUCCAUGAAAGCUUGUUUGUGAGAAGACAACUGGAGAAGAGUGACUCUCAGGCUCUGGACCAUCACUAAAGUGCUUGUUUUAUAAUUGAGUACAGUAACGAGAACUAAAUGUGAUUUAAGUUUUUGGUUUUCCUGUUGGAGACACCCCUGUCAUAAGACCUGAGGAUAAUCUGCACUGUGUUCAGUUUUACCUGUUGUCAGAUGAAUCUCCUGUACUUUAUCAAAAAACAAAAGCAAGGUUUAAGUUUUUAAACUUUUUGGUAUAAGACAUUUAUGUUUAAACCACUGAAGACCUUCCAGUGCCAGACAGAAUUGGUUUUAUCAAGCACCUAACCAACAAUAUUUGAAAUAAUACCUGUAAUGCCUUUAAAAUGAGUUAUAGGUAGUAUUGUUGAGUGAGAGGUAUUGUAUUUUUAUUUAUUUUUUGUAAUGUAUGUAGACAUUUCAUUGGAUUUAAUUGCACUAAAUGUUUGAUUUGACAUUACAAUUUAUUAUUAAGAUAAGAUAAAAUGUUUAUUGGUCCCACAACAAGGAAAUUUAUAUUGCUACAGCAACAAAGGGACAGAAACAUGCACUCAGUGUUAAUACAUUGUUACUUUUUGAUUCUUAUCAGUAUAAAUAUAAAUGAUUGCAGCUAUAAUACUAAAUUAUAAAAAGUAAGAUAUAUUGCACUCUGGUAUGUUGUGUAUUCACAGUUUUUAUUACCACUUGUUGCUAUCAUUCUGUGUUCCUAAUGUAUGUCUAUGCAGUGCACAGUGCAAUGUCAUAUUGUCUUAUGUUGUUCUCUAUGUUCAGAUAGUUAUCAAACUGUCAGUUUAAAUUUUGUCUGUUGUAUUGUCCUCUGGUCCAUGUAUGUAAUCACUGUUUGAGGUUUCUGUUGGAGUUCUGUCUUUCAGAGCUGUGAAGGUGGGGCAGGUGGUUCAGGUAAGUUAGCAUGUUUUUCAUUAAAAGAGGUUCUACAGUGAGCAGUGUCAGUGAAGCUGGUAUGUGUAGAAAAGUCAGGGUUACUUUAGAAGGUUGAAAUGUUGAUGUUGUUCAAACCCUUCAUUUUUGCAUUUCUUUUAGUGCUUUGCCUUUAUGCCUAGUUUAAAGAGAAAAUGUAUUGUCCAUUGCUUUUGGUGACAGUUUACCAUAUGUGAUGUAAAUGUAUCUGAUGUAUUAACCUACUGACAGUAUUCCCAUGCCUUUCUUUGACCCAAUUUAAAAAGACUGGGCCUGUA